ACGACGAAGAAUUCGAAAAUAAAACCCGAUUUCUCGACUCCUCGUACUGGGGGAAUUUGCUGCAGCGUUCAAACCACAACAGACAACAAUAACUUUUGCAGUUCCCAAGGUCUAACAGCCUACUGCUGCGGCAGGUAUUACGACAACCGGAAAAAAACCGCAACUACAAAGGGUGGAUGCGACCCGAUUAUAGAGUUCCCUGUGGGACGUCUUGUUGAGAGCGUUGCAACAUCCGACACAACUUGCUCGGCCAUCGGAGCGAUUGGCUUUAUUGGAUGCGUUCGGGCUUAA